GCUCUGAUCACGGGAAGUUCUCCGAAUGAACUGAAGAUAAACGUUGAACAAAUUGAACACAACAGAUCUUGCUUUCAAAUAAUGCCUUUUCACGUUUAAGGACACGUUAAUUAUAAGUGAGCACAGGCGUUUUCCUGCAUUCCUGCGAGAUCGCAAGCAGGACAGAUGGGCGAAUAGAAGAAACGGUCUUAUGGAUUUAAAGGAGAAUACAGUACAAUAUCAUUCCAGAGGAACAGAUGACUUAUGCAUUCGGAUCGCGUUAUAUGGGCUGAUUAUGACAUCAUAACUGACCUGCCAUCAUUCAAGCGAAACUACUUUAUAUGUAAAUUAGAUUGAAUAUUCAUGCAGUAACACUUCUAGAGCAGUGCAUUAUUUAUUGUGAUUAACCUGCGACAUUUUUUUUGUUUUUUUGCUGGCUGUCAAUUUUGGCCAGUUUGCGAUGGGCAACUCAAUGACCCAACGCGCUGUUAUUGAGUUUACAAGGUACUACUACAGUGAGCGCUAGCGGGCGUUUGCAACCUCUUCCUCUCCUCUUCAACUGAACUGACAUCAUGUAGCUUGUGAGCUGUAUAGUUCCUCGUUUGGUUGCGUCAAAGUUCUCCAGCUAAUAUAAAAGCAGAUAUUUACGAAAAGGCUUGUUAACUGGGUCAGAGAGUGACAGGCAACUAGUUUGGUGCAUUCUGCCCUUUGUGCUUUGCAGAAUUGAUAAAUAAUAUAGCUAAGAAACUUGGUUGUUUUCAUUUUUAAAUUGUUUUCAUGUUUAGAUAUAAUCUUAAAUCCGGCUUUCAUGACAGAUCUUGACCCAGAAAACACAGAACGUCCCUCUAACGUUAGUGUAUGGUUACCAUUUGUUUAUUUAUUUUUGGCAAACGAACUCCUAACGUUCUUAUAACGUUGCAGGGAGAUGUUUGUGUGAAGGUUUAAUCCAGAUAGUUAUAAGGCAAUUCCGCAGAAGUACCCGAGAUCAUUAUUAUUAUUUUACUAUUUCAUCCUUGGAAUUAUUUCGUUCUGAUGGACUGGGGAUGACAGGGAUCUUGAACAGACUGUCGCCUGGAUUAACUAGACUUUGAGGAACUUGUCCCUAACAACCUCUUCAUCACACAAGCAGUUGAAUAUCCCUGGACACCUGUCUAAAAAAAUGGAGACGGUGGGAGACUUUGAAUACAGCCGAAAAGACCUCGUAGGGCACGGAGCCUUUGCGGUCGUCUUCAAGGGAAAACACAAAAAGAAAAGCGAUUGGGAAGUUGCCAUCAAGAGUAUUAACAAGAAAAAUCUCUCCAAAUCUCAGAUUCUCCUUGGUAAAGAAAUUAAAAUUUUGAAGGAACUCCAACAUGAGAACAUCGUGGCACUCUAUGAUGUCCAGGAAACACCAAGUUCUGUGUUCCUGGUUAUGGAGUACUGCAAUGGAGGAGAUCUGGCAGACUAUUUGCAAGUAAAGGGCACUCUACGAGAGGAAACAUUAAGGGUCUUUCUGCAGCAGAUUGCAGCAGCCAUGCGCAUCCUCAACAGCAAGGGGAUCAUUCACAGAGACCUCAAACCACAGAACAUACUGCUGUCCUACACAGGCCGCAAAAAGUCCAGCAUCAACGGCAUACGGAUCAAGAUUGCUGACUUUGGUUUUGCAAGAUAUCUUCAGAGCAACAUGAUGGCUGCCACAUUGUGUGGAUCCCCAAUGUACAUGGCCCCAGAGGUGAUCAUGUCCCAAAACUAUGAUGCCAAAGCUGACCUGUGGAGCAUUGGAACUGUCAUUUACCAGUGCCUCGUGGGAAAGCCACCUUUCCAGGCUAAUAGCCCCCAGGACUUAAGGAUGUUCUAUGAGAAGAACAAGACUCUGGUGCCAAACAUUCCGAGAGAGACAUCUCCUCAGCUGGAAGACCUGCUGCUGGGGAUGCUCCAGAGGAACCAGAAGGACCGUAUGGAUUUCGACACUUUCUUCAGUCAUCCUUUCUUGGAACCGAUAUCAACUAUCAAAAAAUCAUGCCCUGUUCCAGUGCCCAAGUGCCCUGGUUUGGUCACAGACAGCACGUGUGGCAGUUCUCCUUCUUGUCGUUACGUGUCUCCUCCGUCACUGCCAGACAUGCAGACUCUCCCCGAGGAUGUGCUUUCUUCUCCACCUCUUGGCCCUCCCAAUUAUCUGCAGAUUUCCAAAGAGUCGGGUGGCAGCACCAGCAGCAAGAACUCCUCCAGUGAUGCGGAUGACUUUGUGCUGGUGCCGCAUCUCUCCGGGGAGCAAUCCUAUGACCUUCCGAUGGGGGCAGUGGGCCACAGGCCGUCCAGUGAGUUCCUCUUGUGUGGAGGGCAGCCACAGCUAUCCACCGGACAGGCCCCGAUGUUGUCACCACGAAGCGAGACCACACCGAUACCUGUACCCACACAGGUCCGAAACUAUCAGCGCAUCAAACAGAACCUCUCCAGCAGUCCGACCACCACCCUCUAUGGUUCUCCCAGGUCAGGCACAGUGCGACGCUCCAACACAAGCCCCAUGGGCUUCCCUAAAAUGGUUUCUGGGUCUCCUAGUUCGGCAGACACAGUCCAAACAGUGGGACGGCGUCUCUCCACAGGCAGUUCCCGGCCUUACUCCCCCUCUCCACUAGUGGGCACUAUUCCUGAACAGCUUGGCCACUGCUGCUGCGGACAUCCCCAAAACCACGAACAACGCAGUCGCAGCUCCUCAGGCAGUUCCCCUGUGCCCUCCUCUCAAUUACUGGGCGCUCGUCUUCCCACACUAACUGACUUCUACCAGAACAAACAGAAGCUACACAAGCAGCUAUCUGACCCAGUGCACCCCACCUCUUCAGCCUACCCCACCAGCCAAUCCCCACAGCUCAGUCGCCCUGGCAACCUAGGAACCUCCCCAACCAAGCAUUUUGGCUCCUCCCCACGCACCUCUGACUGGCUAACAAAGUCACCCCUGCCCACCAUCAUUGGCUCUCCCACUAAGGCAAAUGCACCCUUCAAAAUCCCUAAAACUCAGGCCUCCUGCAACCUCAUGGCUCUGGCUUCUCAGCAGGGUAUAGCUGACAACCCUACCACAAUCAAGACAUUGAUGGACGGUCGAGACCUCUCUGCACAUCAUUGCUCGGCCUAUCCCAGCAGCCGCCAGUCUGUGCCAGAGGCCAGCAAGACUUCCUUUGGCAGGUCUGUAAGUGCUGGACGACUGUCAGAGCACCCAGUUAGAAUCACGUUGGGCGGACAUCCAUAUCAGGGCAGCACAGACAGCCUUAACACAGAAAGACCCAUGGACACAGCCCCGGCAGGGACUUACGGUUUGCCAGCCAGUGGGGCAAGUACGCGCACAGUUGUAUUCACGGUGGGCUCGCCCCCCAACAGCAGUACCCCUCCCACCUGUAGCCAUCUCACCUUCCGCCCACGCACCACCUCAGUAGGCUCCAACAGUUCAGCAGGCUCGCUAUGCUCCACCAGCGGUAAGGUGUAUAUGGGCUCUCCCCCAGGCAUGACCAUCGGCAGCUCCCCACCAGGAGCAGAGGGGGGUCCCAGCAGUCUUCGCUACGUCCCUUACGGCACCUCCCCACCAAGCUUGGAUGGAUUCAUCACUUUUGAAGCACCGGAACUGCCAGAGGAGACACUGAUGGAGCGUGAGCACACAGACACUCUGAUGCACUUGCGGAUGAUGCUGUCCUUUACGGACUGUGUACUGGAGAUUGCUUCACUUCAGGCCGGAGGACCAGAUCUAGGUGCAUCCGCUGCCUCGCUUUAUCCCCCUCAGGACAGUGUGGUAGUGGACCAGAUCAGUCAACUCAGCAAGGAGUGGGGGAAGGUGGAGCAACUAGUGUUGUACAUGAAAGCCACACAGCUGCUGGCCUCUUCGCUGCACCUGGCAAAGGCUCAGAUCAAGUCUGCCAAGCUCAAUCCAUCCAUGGCUGUUAAACAAGUGGUGAAGAGUCUGAAUGAGCGCUACAAGAGCUGCAUUUCUCUGUGCCGCCGUCUCACUGACAAACUGAACCACUUCUUCUCUGACAAGCAGCAAUUUUUGGACGAGAUCAACAGUGUAACAGCUGAGAAGCUCAUCUAUAACCACGCUGUAGAGAUGGUGCAAUCAGCAGCACUAGAUGAGAUGUUCCAGCAGACAGAGGACAUUGCCUAUCGCUACAACAAAGCAUCCAUGCUGUUGGAAGGCCUGUCCAAGAUCCUCCAGGACCCAGCUGACAUAGAGAACGUCAUCAAAUACAAGGCAAGUGUGGAUCGGAGGAUCUCUGCUCUGUGUUACUGCACUGUUACCCUGUAUGAAUAAAGAGCUUCACCUGUAAAAACCUGGCAGAUGCUCUCACUCCAGAGACCAUCAUCUUCUCCAACCACAGAGAAGACAAAGAGAACCCUUUGUCCCAUAUUUUUGUUUUGUAGCCAUCAAAGCACUUUCAGUUCCCUUAUAUUCCUUUCAAUCACAAGAAGCAACAGACCAAGUAUUAUUUUUUUUGCAGAUAAUAUUUGAGUAGGAUGUGCACAAGUUUACUACCAAAGAUGAAAACAAAAAUACCCCUGACAUUUUGUUGUAUGAAAAAGUGGUCGGACUUGCAGUUCUUAAAUCAGAAGCCGUCAUUUUUUCUUCCAACUUGACAACAGGGGCGGCACAUCAGAUCAAAGUGUGUCUAUCUUUUCCUUUUUUUACACCAAUGGAAAGGAUUGCGGAAUGGACAUGAAUGCAAAUCAGUUCAUAUUACAACUUAUUAUUUUAUACUGCACUCUGUUAUGUUGUUUUGAUUAUUUAUUGGUUUUAGGGUAUGCUAGUGUUGUUGAUAAUAGUGUUGAAGAUAACAUGGGGUGGAUGGGAAGACCCCUGUCUGACUAUAAUAAUCGUCAAUCCAAGUGGUACCAGACACUUACUCGCACUUGCACACAAACACAGUCACGGUUCCUCUUACAGGUUAACAUAAUGCUGAAAUAAGGAGAAAUCUGUAAUAUUUACAAAGUUCAGCUUUGAAGCAAAUGCACUUUAUUAAGGAAGAUGUGGAAGGAACUGGUCCUGGAAGGUCUGGGAAGGAAGAGGGCUGUGACGGUGGAGGUCAUGGGAAGACAACCGGCACACUUCCCUAAUCUCUCCAUCAGUGCUCCAUUUUUUCCACAUCUGAAAUCCUCUGAAAAUGAUAAGAGUGGUUGAAAGGCUUGUGAGUGUCAGGGUGGACAGAGGCAUCUGAUGAGUACAGUAAGAGCGAGUAAAAGUCGGCUGUCCAAGUUCUUCUGAGCUCACACAACAGCCUCAAGGUGAAUCUUCAAUUACGAUCAAAAUACUUGAGUAGUUACUUACCUUUUGUUUGAUUCAGCCGUACUGAAACGUUUUAUGUUCAUAUUAAUACUGUAGCUUUUUUAACCGAUGUUUUCAAUCUGUAAAUACUUGUACAUUAUGCAUGAUACAAGUGAGAGAGCAUAGCGUGAGAUUGCAGAAGGUGGAUGCUGCCACCAUCCUUGCCUCUCAAAGGAAGAGCACAACAUUUUCUCUUUUUAAGGGUUAUUAUUUUUUUUUGAAGAUGUCAAAGAUGCAGACAGCUUCCAUGGGUUUUUGACUCAGAUUGAGGCCUCACAGAAAGCUGGAGACCUCACAUUGCAUGGCAGCUCCAAACGUACACCCAUGAAUAUCUUGUGUAAAUAAAUCUUUUUGACUGUGCAGGAUGUGGAUGUUGCUGGAGGGACAGGAGGGACUGGUCAAUGCUAAGCGUCCCCUUGCCAGCCCUGCUUUUACCCACUCAUGUGUAACUGCACUUCCCAAGUGCAUAAAAGGCCAGUUUCAGUAUACUGAAGUACUGAAAGGAUGAAUUUGGGUAGUUUACUUUCACCUGUAUCACCCUGCUGCAUCUCUCCUGCACUCUGCCAUGAAAUUGUUUCCAGUAUACUGUUCUUUGAUAGAAGUUUAUGUGGGUUUAUUUUUAUUAUAGCCCUUUACAAAGCCUUCACUGUAUAGAAAGAGAAGACAGAAGUUCCUUCUCCCACUUUGUAAUAUUCUUCCAAAUCCAUGUUCUGUAGUUGUAGGACUUCCUUAUCCAGGUCUGAAGAGAAACUGUACAGACAAUGUUCCAUUAGAAAAGACUAGUAUUGAGCACAUGUACCUGUGGAACUGUAGAAUGUAUUUACCCUUUAUUAGCACCUUUCCUUUUCCAAAUAAAUGCUUAGAACCAGCCUAUCACAGCCUGACACAACAUGACCACAGCCAAUGCAGCCUAAAUUUCCAUGCUCCCUUGAUUUUCAGAGACAAAACUUUGAUGUUUAAAUAUGUAUGUGUUACCAAGGACACUCGUGUUCUGUCUGAAACUGUAGAAAUGCAGCGUUUGUUUAUUAAACAAAUGCAUUUUAACCUGUUGUCCAAGUGUCAUAUAUAACGUA